CCAGGGCUUCGCUCCAGGGCUUCACUGGAGGACUUGAACCUUCCGGAGGCUGCUUGCUCACCUUUGCCUCCAAGAGUUUUCUAGACUCCCAACUGAACGACGGAGCCAUCCCUUUCCAGCACACACUUGCAUGAACACAAAACCUGGCAUUCUUUUGCAAGGGGAUGACGGAUGCCUCCAAACCAACCCAUUGGUCCCUGGACUGCCAGUAGACAUCCUGCUGGAAGGUGUGUCUCAGACGGGCCACUGUUUGGACUCAGGGUUGCCCACAUGCCUACGUCAACUCCCCUACCACCAGUUACCUCCAGAUGCUCAGCCUUUCUGCUGUUCUCUGUCCUGAGUGGAACAUCCUUGUCCCGGGCUCCCAGCCAUCUCCACAUCUGGAAGGACCUUUAGAUAAACACAAGUGUCUGUCCCCAUCCCCUCCUAGCCUGUGCUAGCUCCCUAGGGUAUCCAGAAGAAGGGAGCACCAGCCAGCCAGCCAGCCAGCCAGCCAGCCAGCCAGCCGGGCACUCACACAGUUAAUCCUCUACGGCUGCUGUUUGGAUAAAAAGCGCUGGGAGCGUUCUAGGCUCCUUGGCGGCUCACAUCUGGCUGGGGUUUGCUCUUUGUAUUUCUCCCGCUUUGCUUUCUUCCUUUACUUUUGAGAGAAGUCACGUUUCCGCUUCUGGUCAAAGAGAACUUGGAGGUGGCUGAGGAGAUAAAGGUGCUGGACCGCUGUGGCUUGCACCGCCCCUCUUCCUCACCCUUAGGUCGUCGUUCCCCCACCCCACCCCUGCCCCGAGACUUUUUUUACUCCCUCGGGCUCUCUCUCUAUCUCUGCUUUGACGUUGUCUGUACUUCCCCUCUGACCUGGCCUAGAAGACUCAGCCCCGAGAGAUGCUCUUAAGAGUCAGUGCCUGGAGAGCCCCCCUGAGAGGCGGGAGGAUUCGGUCCGUUGGCUCAGCUGGACGGAGCGGGAAGAUGGGCUCCUCUGCACAGGGAUUGGUGCUCAGAUGCUGCCUGCUGCUGGCCAUCGCCUGGGGCCCAGUCCUGAGUCUCGUGCCACGUGGUCAGCAGGAACAGCUGGAGUGGGAGGAGAAGGAGGUGCUGCCGUCUCCUCCGGACCGCGUGAAGAGGGAUGAAGAAACACAGGCGAAGUAUAGCCCCAGCCAGGGCGAGGACCUCCCCACUUCCAGGUGCUACCGGUGCUGUGACCCCGGCACGCCUGUAUACCAGGCGAUUCCACCACCCCAAAUCAACAUCACCAUCCUGAAAGGUGAGAAAGGCGACCAAGGGGACCGAGGCCUCCAGGGGAAAUACGGUAAAACGGGUUCCACAGGUGCCAGGGGCCACAUUGGCCCCAAAGGGCAGAAGGGGUCCAUGGGGGCUCCUGGAGACCGCUGCAAGAACUACUACGCAGCCUUCUCCGUGGGCCGAAAGAAGCCCCUGCACAGCAACGACUACUUCCAGCCCGUGAUCUUUGACACGCAGUUCGUGAACCUCUAUGACCACUUCAAUAUGUUCACCGGCAAGUUCUACUGCUACGUGCCAGGCGUGUACUUCUUCAGCCUCAACGUGCACACGUGGAACCAGAAGGAGACGUACCUGCACAUCAUGAAGAACCAGGAGGAGGUGGUGAUCCUGUACGCGCAGGUGAGCGACCGCAGCAUCAUGCAGAGUCAGAGCCUGAUGCUUGAGCUGCGCGAGCAGGACGAGGUGUGGGUGCGCCUCUUCAAGGGCGAGCGGGAGAACGCCGUUUUCAGCGACGAGUUCGACACCUACAUCACCUUCAGCGGCUACCUGGUCAAGCCGGCCUCCGAGCCCUGACUGCCAGCCCCCCCAGACCCCCUCUCCACCGUGGUACUGUCAUGACGGCCUGGUGACCUCCUUGCCUGUCACCCCUGCCCGUCCCUGCAUUCCACAGACACUGGAGUCCUGCCCCAGGCUGACCCCCACCACCCCUCCCCUCAGUCUUGGCUUCUUUGGCCUUGGCUUCCUUAGUUUUUUGUUUUGUUUUGUUUUGUUUUGUUUUGACAAGAUGCCCGUGGCCGGCCGCUGGGAAGCCCAAAGGGCCAUGUGGUCCCAGGUCUGGCUGCUGCGGCAGAUGAAAUCAUUGGGCGGGGUGCCUGUGAGGAUGUUGGGGGACCUCCAGCUCCUUCUGUGUACGCAGCCUUAGACGACCCUGUGGUGAGCAGCCACAGGGGGUUCCAGAGCACAGCCUCUAGUGUGUUUCUAUUCCUGGACAUAAUUAAACAAAUACCACCGGUUUCAAAGUAACAAAGUAAAGCAGAGAAGACGCUGAAAGCGGUGUUAGUUUUGGCCUUUCAGCCAGCAGGCUCUGGGGGGGGGGCAGCGAGCUGUUUGUUCUGGGGAAAGUGGGCCAGAGACCCUGUGCAGGAAUAGGACCUAAAGGGAAGUGUGGAUGGAGAUGGGGGAGCCGUGGUUUGUGGCUUUGAAAAACCACAUCUGACGUAACUCUGUCUGGCCACGCAUGAGCUUUCUCGGGGACAGCAGGACUGACCUCCGAGCUCUGUCGACUUGCUACAUACAGCCUUGCCCUGGGUGCCUGUCAGUCUUUCUGAGCCACAAUAAUGAAAGGGCUCGGGGAGGGCCACAGAUGCCGGCUCCCAAGAGGGUCAGCAGGGCCCUCUGUGGUUGACUCUGAGCUGGGGGUGACAUCCGGCUUGCACCAGCUCACAGGCUCCUGGCAGUGGCUUGGGACCUCAGGGACUCCUGAACCUGCAGGUUUCUCUGUAAGAAAUAAAGCUCCUAGUAUAUCCCAGAGCCUCCCAGCUUUCCUCCACUUUCCCAGGGAUGCUCUGGAACCCAGGGUGGGUUCUACCCCUGCCUUGUUAUGGGAUCCAUUCCCUGUUCCUCCUUCCAGGUGGACCGGCCGUGGAAGGUAGUAGACCUUUCGACUUGGGUCCCACCAGGGUGCCCCUCACCAGCCUGUGUCCCAUCUUUUCCCUGGUUCAGCGUCCUGUCUGGGUGCUUGGUGUGUUAACCCGCAGGAACUCACGGAUCUGACAGGACCACCUAGUCUGACACAGCCCGAGCCAGCCUAUGGUGGGUGAAAGGGAUUUCCUUUGGGUCCUAGAGCUGGGGAGAGCUGAUAAGCUAGAGAGUAUAUCCUACGUAUGUCGGGGUCAAUCCUAAAGUGGUAGAAGAAGAAAUACGAAGUCCCAGCACCAGGCUCAGACUCAGGGAUGACUUCAGGCCUGAUUCUCAGAUCUCAGAGACCUCUCUCUAUCUCACCGGCAUUGACGCCCAGGACCUGGGUACUGGCUGUCUUUUUUUUUUUUUUUUGUGCCUACCAGGCCUUGCCUGCUGCUGCCUGCUGGCCCUUGGUUAGGACCCCUCCCUUCUCCCCGUGUCUGACUGUUGGGGCUCAGUGUUCGCACGGACCGCCUCUGAAGGGAUCUCUGCUGAUCAGACUCCCCAAGCCAGUUUCCAGGGGUGCGCUGGCAGCAGAAGCCUCAUGCCUGCCGCCAGCGCCCUGCCCGCUCUGGCCAGGAAACAUUAAGCUUGCCGUGGCGGUCUACAGCCAGCUGACCUCUGUGUCUGCUCUUUGACUAGUCUUCCUCUUUCCCCCUUUCCUAUCUGAUUGUGUCCUCAGCUUUGUACUCAGGGCUCGAAUUGCCAUGUCCCAACCAAGGAGACACAGAUUUCCCGAGUGUGGUUCAGCAGAGCCGAAUGCUAGAGCUGUCCGGUGUGUGGACAGGUCUGGAGACUCGUGUGUAGCGGUGGCGCAUUGCUUGUUCUUCUGUGCUGGGGUGUGGGGCCCUGGGACUAGCAGAGCAGGGAGCCCCCCCCCCCCCCCCCGGCCUGGACUGUAGUCUGGACAUCUGCAUGGCCGUCCUGGGGCUGUGUCACACAGGCCCAGAAACCAGGUGUCUUCAAACAGACUAAUAGCUCUUUUCAUAGCUCUUGGAGGUCAGAGUUCAAAAUCCAGGUGUGAGCAAGGCAUUGCUCCUAGCAAGGGCUGGGGAGGGCACUUCCUGCCUGGAGGGAGGGGCCAUAUCAGUCUUCCUGUCUUGACUCUAGUCACCUGCUUCUCACAACUUGGUCUUCCUCUCGAGAACCCUCGGGGCUGCGUUCAGGGUCUCCCCCUAAAUUCUGGGCUCACUAUCCAGAUUAAACUCAAACAUACCCGCUGAAGGGAUUCGUGAAUGGACACACAGGGCACUGGAGGCCCGGGUGUGUGUGUCUCUUUUGGGGAUCACGGUGAAACUUGUUGCAACAACCCCUGCCUUUGGACACUGUUAACAGCCCCUUCUGUGCUCCCGCGCCUGCAGUGAAGGGUAGGCACUUCUUUUCGCCGCUGGCCAACAAGUUCGGCAGCCAGCCCCCCCCACCCCCUUUCCACCUACCGGCAGCUGGCUUGGAAGCUGGAACCGGCAGCUUGGCAAACAGCUGGCCCUCUGCGUUUGCUGGUGCUGGGAGCCCACGUGGCCACGCUCAGCCUUGGAAUGGGGCCAAAAGGAGCAGGUGGACAGGGGCCCCGAUCAAAAAGCAAACUCCCUUCUCCACAGCGUGGAGGCUGCUGGGCAGAGAGAGGACCUAGGGGUGCCUGGGAGUAGGGCCUGGAAGGAAUGCGUUAGCCCGUUCAAGAGCCCCUGGCUGCCUGCUCUGCUGUCCUGGGUGCCCUUGAUCCAGAGGGGGCCCCAGAAGAGGGCAGGAUUUGAUCUGGUGCCCACCUGAUGCUCCCCCCACCUCCCUUCUUUCCUUUUUUGAGAAGGGUCUCGCGUAUGCCAGGCUGAACUUGAGCUCACUGCAUAUGAAUAAGCCUGUCCUUGAAUUCCUGAUAAUCCUGACUCCACUUCCUGAAUGCCAGGAUUACAGGCGUGCCCAACACGCCUGACCUUUUAAAAUGUUAACACAUAUUAAUUAUAUAUAAUAAAGAGUUUCCUUAUGA